AAUACAACAAAUCCCUCAAAUCCGUUUCAACUUCGCCAGAACAUUCCCUCUGGUCGCUUAUUUUUAUAAGUGGGAGGACCCUGAUUGUUGCUUUCCAGCAGCUGUCACUUUUUGACAUCCCUCGAAGUCACCACAAACUUUCACGCACGAGCCUCCUACGUCGACGUCGACGUCAACAGCUGAUCGGUCCCAACGCACAGCACAACAUCAUGGCAGGCCCACCAAUCGACAAAUCCAAGGUCCCGGAUCUCUCAAUCCGUCCCUACACCUACCGCGAUCUACCCAUCGUCCGCUCCGUCGUCGCCGACGGGUUCAAAAACCAAUCCUCCCUCGCGAACGCCUACAUCAUCUACAACUUCUACUUCAUCUCAACCUACAUCGCAGCCCUCUCUGCCGCAUACUAUGCCCUCCAUAAAUCCACAUAUGCGUCUACUUCGGAUUGGGGGAUGUUGUUGUUGACUGCCUUGUCGAUCAGUGUGGGUUUUUUGAUUGUGGUGGAGUAUAGCACUGCGCCGUUUUUCAAGGGGCUCAAGGAGGAGUUUUGUGAACUUCCUGAGACGGAUGUUUUCGGAGUUAAGAAGUCUGGGUUCUGGGUUGCGCAGUACGGUACCGACAUCAUCGGCUCCAUCGCUGUCUACCCCACCAAGAAGCCCGAGGUUGCUGAGAUAAGAUACUGGAACGUCAUCCGCAAAUACCGCUCCAAGCAUCUCGGUCGCGACCUCCUCCGCCAAGCAAUCAUCCACGCGGGUGACGUCCUCAAGGCGAAGAAGGUCCGUGUGAGCACUUACACCAUCAGCGAAGCCGCUGAGAAGGCACUUCGCCGUGAAGGCUUUGAGGUCGUUGUCACCGGGGCGAAGGUCGGUGGAUGGUUGAUGCAUGCGUAUCACAUGCGGGAACGUGUUUGGGAGGUUGAUGUCAAUGACUGGGCGAAAGUCAAGUUGAUGGAGGAGAAGAGGAGGGACGAGAAGCGUGAGGCUUGAGCUCGGGCUUGACCUCGUGGAGUGUAUGAU